AUGGCUGGAGGUAACAUUUCUGCAGUUACUGAGUUCAUUCUUUUGGGACUGACAGCUCGUGCAGAACUGAAAGUCGUGCUUUUUGUGUUGUUCCUGGUGAUUUACGCCAUUACCUUGGUGGGAAAUGUGGGCAUGAUCCUCCUAAUACAAGUCACCCCAAAGCUCGACACACCCAUGUACUUUUUCCUUAGCUGCCUCUCGUUUGUAGAUGCCUGCUAUUCGUCCGUCAUUGCACCGAAAUUGCUGAUCAGUUUCUUGGUGGUGCGGGAGACCAUCUCGUUCUCAGGCUGUAUCGUUCAGCAUUUAUUUUUUGGGGUGUUCAUCACCACUGAAGGCUUCCUGCUUUCGGUGAUGGCUUAUGACCGAUAUGUGGCCAUCGCCAACCCUCUCCUGUACAACAUGGCCAUGUCCAAGAGGAAGCGUGUGACGCUCGUGACUGUGUCCUGUGCCGGUGGGCUGAUCAACUCACUGACACACACAGUGAGCUUGGGCAGACUGUCCUUUUGUGGCCCCAACGUCGUGGGCCACUUCUUCUGUGACAUUCCUCCACUGCUAAAACUGUCGUGUUCUGACACCUCCAUGAAUGAGUUUUUGCUUCUAUUGUUAUCUGGAAUCAUUGCAAUGGGCACUUUCCUGGUUGUGAUCAUUUCCUACGUGUUCAUUGCCUUCGCUAUCCUGCGAAUCCACUCAGCUUCGGGCCGACGGAAAGCCUUCUCCACCUGUGCCUCUCACCUGACUGCCGUGACGGUGUUCUAUGGCACCUUAAGUUUUAAUUACAUUCAGCCCAGCUCCCAGUAUUCCGUGGAACAGGAAAAGGUGGUUUCUGUGUUCUAUACGUUAGUGAUUCCCAUGUUAAAUCCACUGAUUUACAGCCUCAGGAACAGAGAAGUAAAAGAUGCUGUGAAAUGGGCUGUAGGCAAGAAACACUUCCCGUGUUAA